AUGUGGCUNGGGGUCCUGGCGGAGCGCAAGGCGAAGGAGGCUGCCGCUGAGCACCGCGAGCUGAUGGCCUGGAACCAGGCGGAGAACCAGCGGCUGCAGGAGCUACGGAUAGAGAGGCUGCGGCAGGAGGCGCGGGAGCAGGAGCAGCGGCAGGCCGAGGAGAAAGCCCGCCAGGCCCGAGAGACAGAGGCCUGGGUGAAGCUCAAGCAGCAAGAAGUGCUGCAGCUGCAGGAGGAGGCAAAAAACUUCAUCACCCGAGAGAACCUGGAGGCGCGGGUAGAAGAAGCAUUGGACUCCCCGAAGAACUACAACUGGGCCGUUACCAGAGAGGGGCUGGUGGUCAGGCCGCAGCACAAGGGCUCCUAAGGGCCCAGUAAGGACAGUGCCGGCCCAGGGACCAUGUGUGUAUGGAGGUGGGAGGGGUGCGUCUGACCUGGAAUAAAGCAGUUGUCGUUUCUUAUGAAAAAGGACACUCAA